AUGGAAUCGCCCGAUAGUAAUAAACGCAACCGAACUGACGGCUAUGAUUUGAUAAAGUCACUAAAACACAUUCCCCAAAGGAUACCUUUCCUAGGUAAACCAACCAGCUCCACUGUUUCAAUCGCCAUUCCAAUUUCAAUUCUGGCCAACUGUCAGACAGAGGAGUUGAGGGCAUAUGUCGUCGGUAAUAUAGCACGAACGUGUGCAAUAUUUGGAAUCGCAGAAAUUGUGCUAUUUAAUGACUUUGAAUCUCUGAGCGAGAAUGAGUUGAAACGAUACAAAAAUAAACCACAUAUGCAACCUCAUAGCCUCAUGAAUUAUUUCACACUCAUAUUGGAAUAUUUGGAAACACCACAGUAUUUACGCCGCAGUAUAUUUGAUUACGAAAAGGAUCUUAAAUUUGCCGGGUUACUAAAUCCCUUAGACGCCCCUCAUCACAUGCGAGCUAAUGAAUGGUUGCCUUUCAGGCAAGGAAUUUUGCUACCUGGAUAUAGUAUGGAAGGUGGGUCUGUUGAUUGUGGCUUACCCGUUCCAGUCUUAGUGGAUAAUGUUAAAGAUUAUUUUAAUGUAAAAUUGUCACGAAAAGAGAAGAAAAAAGUUAAUAUUGAAAAUGUAAAAGGGGGGCAAGUUAUCGAAGACCAUAAGUCCAAUCGAGUUACCGUGCAAUUGGAUAUAAAAUCGCUAUCAUUGUGCGCUAAACUCAAAUAUACGGAUGGACAAUGUCAAGAAGAGGUACAAUUUAGCGGUAAAAUUGUUCCAAAUUCACUUCCUACAACAUUAAUGGGGUUAUAUUGGGGUUAUACCGUUAGACAAUGUCAAACCUUUGAAGAAAUAUUCACUAGUGUGAACUAUGAAUAUGACUUGGUAAUCGGUACUUCAGAGCAUGGAGAAGUAAUAAGCGGACAGUUUAAACUGCCGAAAUUUGAACACUUGUUGAUUGUAUUUGGGGGGCUGAAAGGGUUGGAAGUUGUUAUUGAUAAACCGGAAAAAAAGUUUAAGUACUAUAUAAAUAUAUGUGAACACCAGCAUUCCAGAACCAUUAGGACUGAGGAGGCGAUAAUGAUUUGCCUCGCCAGGCUUUAUCCAUUUGUUUAA